UGCAGAACAUCGGUGCCGCCGCUGUCCUUCGCGCUCAGCUGUGCUGAAGGCUCACAGGACUGUUACUGGAAUUGUCAGCACCUUCAACUUAUUUUUCUCUUCCACUAUGAGCAGACCAACUCUGUUGCACAUCUGCGUGGCUUUCUGUAGCAUUUUCUUCCUCAGCUUGGCCACAAAAUGUCUAGCUUUCCCAAGAGUGGAAAGGAGGGAGAUAGCACAUGCUUAUGCAGAGAAAGAGCAGUUCCAGAAGAUGAGCAUGGAUGACCAAGGAAACAUCUCCUUUGCUCCAAAGUACACGCCCCAGCAGAUGUCCUCUGAAGCUCUAAUGAGACAGUCUGCAGGACCUUCUGUGACACCAUUAAACAAAGUUUUCUCUGUCAACAAAGAAACCCACCUUCCAAGAGCUGGGCCUCUGCAGCCUACUAGCCCUGAUCUUCACUCUUCCAGUGAGCCAGUGGUCUUAGCCAGUGAAAAAGAACAGGGUCCCAGCCAGCUCGAAAGAGUGUCUCCUGAACACAGACUUUCCGAGGCCAUGUUAACCAUUGCUGUCUCUUCACCUGCUUCUCUGAAUCCUGAGGAGGAGGGAUCCUAUAGCAAUUCUAGUGCUACGCCCACUGUAGAAGGGAUCACAGAUGUAACUCACGAUUUCCUGAAGUAUGUGGAUAAUCAGUUGUUUUCAACUGAAAGUCAGGAUACAGUUAGUUUGGGAAAUUCACCUUCUUCCUAUAUAUAUACCAAAGAAAUGCUAACCACAAAUCCAAGAACUGAGAAAGCUGUAGCAGAUGUAGCCAAGAGAACAACUGAAUUUCCUGGUAUUGAUUCCACAAGAGACACGGAGCAUGAUGGGGAGAGGCCCUCAGAUAUGACAGCUGACGGUGCCCUGAGCACUGCCACCAAGCACUUGGUGGAAGCCCCUCAGAAUAGCUUAGCUAUUAAGUCAACAGCUGGCAGUCUUCCGGGGAAACCUAAAGGAACAGUGAGUGUCAACACAGCUGCUCCAGUAUCCUCUGUCCCAAGCGAUGAGUGGGAUGACACUAAAUUUGAGAGUGUAAGUCAGAUGAAGCUCCCAGAAACAGAAGACAAUGCAGAGACUCAAGUGAGAACAGAGCCACCAUAUAGAACAUAUAUGAGCUCUGAGGGGACUCAAGGAAGCCCCACUUCCAAAGAUGUUACGAAGGUGCCUGGAGGAGAGACACCUUUGGGAACAGCCCCAGUGACUGCAGUGGGAGGUGAAAGGUCACCAGUCUUUACCUAUCAAAUUCUCUUCACUCCCAUGAGGCUGACAGAAGACCCUAAAGUUUCCACUGUGACACUGACUGCAGGAGGCUUCACAGCCUCCACUCAGGAGGACAUGGCCAUGCUGUUUUCAGAGACUGUAGUUUCUACCUCUCAAUAUGAGUCUGCGGCAUCGCUGGCAGCAGGAAACGUGUUAACAGAUGUCACUCAAGAGAUGACAAUGUCCACUCAAGAACCAGAUACCACAUUACCCUUGGUGACACAAGAGCAUAGGUCUGCCAUGGAGGUUUCCAGAGGCAGUGGGGAACCUGAAGAAGCCAUGCCAUCCCCCUCUUCUGCAUCCACUUAUGUGGGUGCCACUGAGCUGUCCAGAAGAUGGGAGUCUCUGCCCACUCCAGCCUCCACCACUGCUGUCCCUUUGUCUCUGGAAGUUUCCUCUUCCAUGGAAGAUCUAAUGGACACAAUCACUGGGCCAACUGAAGAAUUCAUACCAGUCUUGGACUCUCCAAUGGCACCCCCUGCAAUGACUGUGGAGGUUCCCACAGUUUCUCCAGCACUUCAUUCUGAGGGAAGAACUGUUCAGUCCAUCAGCCACCCAAGUACAGCUGCCUCCUAUGGCCUGGAAGAGCUCGAGUCUGAAGAGGUAGAAGAUGAUGAGGAUGAAGAGGAUGAAGACGAUGAAGAAGAAGAAGAGGAAGAUGAAGAAGAUGAGGAAGAUAAAGAGGCUGACUCCUUGUAUAAGGACUUUGAUGGUGACACUGAACUGCCAGGGUUUACUCUCCCUGGUAUCACGUCCCAAGAACCUGACAUAGAAACAGGAGGAAUGGAUCUACUAGAGGUAGCCACCUACCAGGUGCCAGAAACCAUUGAGUGGGAACAGCGGAAUCGAGGUCUAGUGAGAAGUUGGAUGGAAAAGCUCAAAGACAAGGCUGGCUACAUGUCUGGAAUGUUGGUGCCUGUCGGGGUAGGGAUAGCUGGAGCCUUGUUCAUCUUGGGAGCACUCUACAGCAUUAAGGUUAUGAAUCGCCGUAGAAGAAAUGGCUUCAAAAGGCAUAAAAGGAAGCAGAGAGAAUUCAACAGUAUGCAAGACAGAGUGAUGCUGUUAGCUGAUAGCUCUGAAGACGAAUUCUGAAUUGGACAUGGAUUUAAUUGGAUAUUCAAUGAGAUGGUUGUUUUAUUUUUUAUUUUGGAGGCAAAAAGAAGAAAGAGAAUAAAUGAAUGAUAAUAAUAAUAAAAUGAACAGUAUCUCACCACCUUGCUGCUACAAGGCCUUGGGUCCAGCCCUUGUCUCUGCUGGAGAGUAGAUUCUUCUUGUGCUAAGCAGAAAAGACACGCUGUACACCAAACGCAGCAUGCAGUGUUUGGCUUUUCUGUCUUAGGUUUGCCAUCACCAAGGGCUGCAGUUUAGAAGCCUAUAGUAUACAUGUUCAGUGGGGUUAGUUGGGUUAGGUAGAAUAAAUAUUUUUUACUUUUCCAUUGCGUUUUCCUUGGUUUGGAUUACUGGGCUGAAGUUAAUGGUGUUAUCACCAAGGCAUCCUUGACUUAGAUAGAUAAAUUCUAAGGAAGAGUAAUUUCUCACAAUCCUUUCCUACCAUUUUGAUAUUGUUGGCUUGUGGACAUUGCUGUAUCCUAUCUGCAUCAGAGACUAGUUACCACUUGGAACCUUUUUUUUUUCUAAGUUAUCUCAGCCUAUUAGGUUUAUGUAUAGAUUUACAUAUAUCUUGCAUUAAACUUUCCAGCCUCUUACUUUUUAUUAUUUUUCCCUUUCUUUGUCUUUUAGUAAGGAAAAACAAACACACCAGAAUCUAUACAUUACAUGUAUACUUAAUUUUACUUAAUUUUAAUUUAUUACUUUAAUUUAUGCUUGCUUUCUUAAAUAGUGUGACUUAGUUCAAUGCAUAUGCUGGAAGAAUCUUACUUGUUUAUCAUCAUAAGCUAUUCUUGUGGUGUAUUACUAAAAUCAGCUAAGGAGAAAUAAGGAUGACAUCGAGAUGAGUGGUGUAAGCUCCUGGAGUGACUGUCCUUGCCAUUUGGUUCUGUGUUCAUGGGGCCGGCCAUGACUGUGACUAAGCCAGAGCACUUUUCCAUGUCUAUGAUCUUGUCACCAGUGGGCCACCAGUGGUCUUUUUUUUACUUUCUUAGAGAAGGUAGACAUUCUUUGGUAGAAGGUAGCCCAGUGGCUAGAGUUCUCAUGUACAAAGGAGCUCUGGACUUUCCUCAUAGAUUCUUUCUCAUUUUCCUUGGAAUGCAAUUUGGUAAUUUUUAUACUGAAUAACACAUUUAAACACCCUGUUUGAAUCUGGAUAUUUGGUAAUUGUAGUUCAUUGGAUUUAGCAUUGAAGUUCAUUGGAUUUAUCUUAGAUCAGUUCCAAAAAUAGCUAACUGUUAGCAAUAACACUGUUACCAUGGAGAAUGUGGUCAUAGUCACUAGAGCCUUUUCUACUGUGACAGGGCCAAUUUAAUUACUCCUCAUAGAUCUGAGUGAGAAAGAAUACAUAUUUUUGUUUUUUCCAUUCUACUGAAGAUAGAAAUAAAGUAGAGGAGUGAAAGUAGAAGAUCAAUCACCAGUUAUAUCUAUGGACUCCACGUGAGGACCACCGUGGAACCAAACUAUAUACUGUGCCCUUCCCCAUGCUUUAAAAGAUAGUAUGACAUUGAAAAGUCUCCCUUUAACACCAAGACUAUUUGGUCAAGGAACAUGUAUUACCAAUGUCUGUGUUUGUUAAAUGAAUAAAUUUUUCAUAGUUCUUUUCUCCCACACAAAUUUAAGCAUCAUCUCUAGGAACUAACAAAACAUUCUCAUGGACUGCAUUUUUGAAUGAUGGCCAUCUCACAGAAAUAUUUUCACUAGAUAAGUUUAAUUCUUUUGGUCAAGAAGGCAAAUGUGUAAAAGUUGAUGAAGAGAAACGAAAAGUCCCAUGGAGGCAGAUAAAAGCUAGCAGCUCAUAAAUCAGGUUGAAGUCAGAUUUUUUUUAAAGUUAGAGCGUGAGUCAUGACUCUCAUCAGUGAAUCACAGUUCCGCUAGGAUAGCUGCUCUGCUUCUGCGUAAGUGAUGCUUUCUAAGAGCAGUCUACUGCUGUGUUUGUUCCUCAGGGUGGGAACAAGCAAAUAUGAGGGGACAUAGUCGUCAAAAUUCUUGACAAGUUGUAUACAGGUUCUCUUCACUCAAGGACACCUGGGUGAUGGGCAGUUGUGCCUGAACUACUCAAUCUGUUGCUUUAGAUUAGAUCAGGGUUAAUAGUGCCUCUUCAAACUAUUGUAUAGAAAAGUGGUUCUUUUGACUGCUUUAGAAACCCUUUUUCUCAUACUGGGUUGCCUUGCCCAGCCUUAAUAAAAGGGAGGUGCCUCAUCUUACUGCAGGUUAAUAAUUGGUUGAAAUCCAUGGAAAGUCUGGCCUUUUCUGAAGAGAAACUGAGGAGGAGGAAUGGGGGGAUGGGGGUGCUGGGAAAAGAGGAGAAGAGAGAAAACUGUUGUUGAAAUGUAAAAAAAAAAAAAAGAAAAAGAAAAAAGAAAUGUCCUAAGUAUGUCACAAAUUCACAGCUGAAGAUGACAUGUGUGUGAAUUUGUGCUUUGACAACAAUCUUGACAUCCUCUUUGGCACACAUGACUAUGUACAGAAAAGAACCUUACCUGGAUCACAGCAGACUUCUGUACAAACCUAUUUAGCUGACUGUAUAAUGAAAUGUGGUAUAGCUAUGCAAUAGACUAAUACUCAGUUCUGAAAAAAGAAAUAAAGAAAUCCUGUUACUGUGACACGGCUGUUGGAGGAUUAUCUGCUAAGUAAAUAAACACAGA